UCAUACCUCCUCUGACCCCAUUUCCUCUCACAUUCCCCCGCUGCCUGCCUUCCAAGAGCUUCUCGACGUCGCGGACUCGGAGAGGUUCGUGUCGAGAGGGGAGCGGUUAGAGAGCGUCAGCAUUUGCGGGCUUCUCACCGAUAGGUGGUUGCAACGCAUCGGCACGUGAGUUGGAUGGUUUGAUGGAGCCAGGGCGAGGUUGGUGCAUAGCAUUGCUUGUCUUCUCCCUCUUUCCUCUCUCUUUUGCGCAAAGCUCGAACACAUCGAUCGAAUUUUUGAAUUCUACCAUCCGAGACUAUGCAUCCAAACAGCUUCUUCGCCGUCGAACAGGUGUGGUAUACGAGGUGUCUCUGCCUCGUGAUCUCUCGGGUAUCAGAGCUUGGGUCUUGAGGCUCCGAAGCGGCACUCUGUGGACCAGGGGAGCAAAUUACAGCUCGAUCUACAUCCCACCGAGGGCGAUCCCGGUUCCUCCCGUGAGGAGGCUGGUCGUUGUCUACCAUGAUCUGGGCAACAGAUCCUUCUCCUAUUACAAUGUCCCUGGUUACUCCCUCGUCGCUCCCAUCGUCGGCUGCUUAGCUUAUGAUGCAUCCAAUGUGACUUCUGGCAGCAUGAGGGAGCUCGAGCUCGCAUUGCUUGGAGAUGGGAUUUCGGUUACCUUCCCGGAAGUUAAGUUGCCGAAAGGAAUCGAUUCCCCAGUAAAAUGUGCCAGGUUUGGACGAGAUGGAUCGGUGCAUCUGAACGACAUGGUUUCGAAGAAUGUUUGUUCAGCGGCGAGCACAGGUCACUUCACGAUCGUCGUCCCUUCGGUGGUGCUAGGCUCAACUCCUGCAGUGGAACAGAAAACAGAGGGUGGAUGGGAAGUUUGGGUGGUAGGAUGUGCUGGCGGUGUAGUUGGAUUGGUCCUGGUGGGUUUGGUUGGGCUGGGAAUCUUUAGGUUGGGAAGGAAUAAGAAAAUGGAGGACAUGGAAAGCCAGGCCGAGGAUGGUGAGGCUUUGGGCAUUAUCUGGGUUGGGAGGAGUAAGAUGCCUUCUGCAACAAUGAUGAGAACUCAACCAGUCAUUGAGGAUGGAAGUGCACCUUGAGAUCAGGACUGCCUCAUUGUUCUUGGAUUUCUAGAGAUCUAUGAGGUAUCCACUCUUGGUCUUGGCUUGCAGAGAUGAGUCAUAUGUGGACAAUUGAGAGGGGAAUUGCUACUCGGAAGGAAUAUCCGGCUAUGAAGAAAACCAUCUUGUAAACUAUGGCUCCAUUCUUUUGCCAAAAAAAGAGGGAGAAAA